AUGAUUGAUGAGUAUACAAAUACAAAAAGCUCUAUAGUUAUUGAUUCUGUAAACCAAAUGUCUUUACAUAUGGGAUGGAGCGAAUUUUUAAAUUGUAUAAAAAAGUUACAAGUCAAUUCUAAUGUGAACAGGUUGAUAUUAAUAUUACAUAAAGACUGUGUUUUACAUGGUUCAAAAUUGCAGACCCAUUUAAAUCAUUUGGUAAAUGUAAUAUUAUCAUUUAGUAAUACCAAUGGUAGUAACAUAUUUGUUACAAUAAAGAAAGGUAACAAAGUCAUCAGGUCUGAAGAAAUUAUAUACUAUGACUCCAAAUUGUCUAUAUUAAGAUUAACUCCAGUCAUAGCAGAGGAGAAAAAGGAGGAGGUGGAAGAUAAACCAUUACCUGCCAAUCUUUCUACAUUCAAAAUUGAGGUAGAUCAAACUGACAAAAUUCAGAAAUACAAUUUGAAGUUACCUUACAUGAGUAAAAUACAUGAUGGACAAAGUAAAGUGUACUAUGAGCCUGAUGCAGUUGAUGACUGGGAUGAGGAAGACCCUGAUGAAGACCUUGAUAUUUAA